UUGACCUGGCAAUAAGCAAUACUUGAUAUAUAUUUCAUCACUACUAUUCAGGCAGAAGUUAUUUAUAGCGAAAGGGACUUUCCAAACCACACACACUUACAUAUAUAAGGAGGGGAAAGGCUAUUACAACAGUAGUGUUUACAUAUAUAUAUGGCUGUGUGGUAAGUAGUUUGCUUACCAACUACAUGGUCCCGGGUUCAGUCCCACUGCGUGGCAUCUUGGGCAACUGUCUUCUACUAUAGCCUCGAGCCGACCAAAGCCUUGUGAGUGGAUUUGGUAGACGGAAACUGAAAGAAGCCUGUCGUAUAUAUGUGUGUGUUUGUCCCCCCAACAUCGCUUGACAACCGAUGCUGGUGUGUUUAUGUCCCCGUAACUUAGCGGUUCGGCAAAAAAGACCGAUAGAAUAAGUACUAGGCUUCCAAAGAAUAAGUCCUGGGGUCGAUUUGCUCGUCUAAAGGCGGUGCUCCAGUCAAAAGACUGAAACAAGUAAAAGAGUAUGUAAGAAGUUUCCUAUUCCAUUUAUUCAAAAGCGUGUGUAAGCAACUGGUACUUCGAAACUUCAACAUACUGUCAGACAAGUUUACUACUGUUUCUACACACCUCAUAGUUUCUGUGGUAUGACGUCAGUGACUAGGGAGGCUGACCGAAAGGGCGAGUUGACCGGAAGAGGAAAAAGGGCAGAGGGAGCCUCGAUCGGGAUUUCGUGCCCUUUUCGAACGGGGUCGUGGUCAGGAGAAGACGUGCUAAUCGACGGUCUAGGUUUGGGAGAAGCAGCUGCUAUUCCUAGUGUUCUUUGGGUCGGGGCAAGCUUCGAGGAUCUGAUACCGCAAGACAGACUCGCAGUCGACGAAAGGGAAACCGAGAACAUCAGGUGACAUUGACAUAACAGAAGAAACAUCCUCAAUAUCUAUCCUGUUUUGAAGACAAAAAGAAAAUAUUAUGUGAAACAGAUGUAUCAGAUUGUUUCUACAAAUAUGUGAGAGAAUUCAUGUGAAACAUUUGCUCUGAUAUAUUAGUAUUAUUAGAUAAAUGUGUGCACCUCCCUGACUGGAGUGUGAAGAGGUGGAGCCUGAGUGCUGAUUAAAAUUGGAUACAUUUAUGGAAUUUUUGCUAAACUGGACAGAAAUUCAACCGUAGAAGUAUUUGUAAGAAAUAAAGCAUACGAACAAAAACAAGAAAAAGAUAUAUUCUUGGAUUUGAGAAGAAAAAUAAUGGAAGAGAGAGAGAAAAUUGUACAAUGGAUUUCCUCUGAACACAUGACAAAACAGAUGAGAUCAUAUGACAGUGAUAUGUGUACAAGGUCCUUCCUUCAAAAGAGUAACCUAAGUUUUCAUGCAGGAGAAAAACCAUAUCACUGUGAUGUGUGUGGUAAAUCAUUCUCCCAAAGUAUUCGCUUAACUACACACAAACGCAUUCAUACAGGAGAAAAACCAUAUCACUGUGAUGUUUGUGGUAAAUCAUUCUCUUCGAAUUUUUCCUUAACUACACACCAACACAUUCAUACAGGAGAGAAACCAUAUCACUGUGAUAUGUGUGGUAAAUCAUUCUCUCAAAGUGGUCACUUGGCUGGGCACAAACGUAUUCAUACAGGAGAAAAGCCAUUUGAGUGUGAUAUCUGUGGUAAAUCAUUCUCUGAAAAUUCUACAUUAACAAAACACAGUCGUAUUCAUACAGGAGAGAAACCAUAUCAUUGUGAUAUCUGUGGUAAAUCAUUCUCUGAAAAUUUUAUAUUAACAAAACACAAGCGUAUUCAUACAGGAGAAAAGCUAUAUCAGUGUCAUAUCUGUGAUAAAUCAUUCUCUUAUAAUAACUUAAUACGACACAAGCGUAUUCAUACAGGGAAGAAGCCAUUUCACUGUGAUAUCUGUGGUAAAUCAUUCUCUCAAAGUAUUCACUUAACUACACACAAACGUAUUCAUACAGGAGAGAAGCCAUAUCACUGUGAUGUCUGUGGUAAAUCAUUCAUUGCAAAUGGUGAUUUAACUAAACACAGGCGUAUUCACACAGGAGAGACACCAUUUCACUGUGAUAUCUGUGGUAAAUCAUUCUCUCAAAGCAAUCACUUGACUAUACACAAAUAUGUUCAUGCAGGAGAGAAACCAUUUUGCUGUGAUAUCUGUGGUAAAUCAUUCUCUCAAAACAAUCACUUGACUAUACACAAAUAUGUUCAUACAGGAGAGAAACCAUAUCAGUGUGAUAUCUGUGGUAAAUCAUUCUCUGUAAGUAGUAACUUAACUAGACAUAUAUCUAUCCAUACAAAAAUUUGACUCUAUUAUUUGUCAAAUGUCUUUGCAUCACUCAGCAACCAACAUUUUAAAACCCUUUUUCCUUGUGGACUUGACAGUAACUCAUGAACCCUUGUCAACAGUCAUAAUCAUCAGUGUUCCUUUUUCAGGUAUUGUUACUGAUGCCAACCCUUUUCGUAACCACUUACCUGUGAUAUGCAUAGUUUUGCUGAGCACAAGCAGUUUGUUAGGAUUCUUUCUAUGUGGAAAAUAAUUUGUAUAACCAUAAAUAUUCCCACUUUAGGAACGACUGGAUUAGACAAAUCUUAAAGCCAUUCCACAGACACAUGCAAACUUGGACACAAACACACACAAAGGUGUGGUCAUGACUGAUCGUGGGAUUGCACCUAGAAAGUUCCCCUCCCAGGCACAACUCUGGUCAAGGUUGUUGAUGGAAGACCAGCAGUCGCCCAUGCAUACCAACCUCCCCUCUCCACGCCACCAGUGUUUUCCAAGGGAAAGACAAUGGCCGAUAUAGCUUGGCACCUGUGACGUCGCAACUCAUUUCUACAGCUGAGUGAACUGGAGCAACGUAAAAUAAAGUGUUUUUCUCAAGAAUACAACGCGCAGCCCGGUCCAGGAUUUGAACUCACAUCCUCACGAUCGUAAGCUCGACACUCUAACCACUGAGCUGUGCACAUAUAUGUAUCUAUAUAUACAAGUUGUAGUCCAGAAAUUUUGAGACUCUUUUAGGAGAGGCAGUUAUACCUCCUGUUCUAGAUUAUUGUUAUUUUAGUAUAUGAUUACUACAUCUAAUAAGCUGACCUGCCAACUUUUGUGAUACAGGAUUGAAGGAGACAGCUGUAUCAGCUGAGGAAGUUAAUGUCGAUUGAAGUUUGUGAGGGAAAUUUGAAAAUAUUGUAAAUUGACUACAGUGCAUGGCAUUUACUAUACAAAUGUCAAUUUACUUGUAAUAUAUAUGUACACCAGUGAUAUGCUGCUUAGGUAGGUAAGGUAGGCAGUGCCUACCUUGAAUAAAAUAAAUUGAUAGCAACAUUUUCAUGUUAUGGCAAAAUAUGCCCCUAAUUCAAUAAAACUAUGAAGGUUACUCUGUUUACGAUGCAUAAAAUGCAAAUUUUUUUUUUUUUUUGCAGAUUAAGUAGGCAUCAUUCACCUCUGCUUUUCAAUCUCAGUAUUUAAGCUAUGCAUAAUACUGCUGUAAUACAUGUGCUGCAUACAUUUCUGCAACACUGUUUUCUUUAUGUGUUAUAAAGGCAAAAGUAAAUCUGCCUUCAACUCGGUUGCACGCCUGUGUUUCACUUAUGUUUUGUGUGUUUUGCUACAUAAAAGUUGCUAACUGC